AUGAAAGAUAUGCCAUUCAUACUCCCUUCAGAUGCAUAUGAUGUUACCUACAGGGACGAAGUUGGUCUUAUUUCAACCAGUGAUUUCAUCGAACAUGAAGGGAUGACAAUCUUUAAUUGUAGACCUCGAUAUCCAGUUUUUGGAGGUUGGGCCUCUUCAUUCGAGAUCCACUAUAAGCUUCCGAUUGCUGAUCGACUUCAUAAGACAAAAUCUGGUGUUCAUUAUGUCGAAUUGAAAGUGGGCCAACUCGCCCUGGAUGCCAUUACUUCCUCAUUUAAAAUGGACAUUGUGCUUCCGGAAACUUCAAAAUUGUUGGCACAUAACUAUAACAAAAUUGGAUUUAAAACGUCCAUUCUUACGUUUAGGACAAAUCUGGGGAUUUUUGACAGCCCAGUGAUUCAAAUUACCUCCAACAACGUACUUGACGACCUUCUUGGAGAUGAAAUUAAAAUUGAAUUCGAGUAUUCUUUGACCCAAUCCUUCAUGUCCAAAUGCUUCUUUCUUUACAUGGUCUUUCAACUUCUUUUCAUAGCGUUCAUUUGCUACAAAUUGGUCAGAGCCUUUAUAUCCAAAUUAAUCAAACCAUCCAAAGCGCUAGAUAAGAAACUUCAGUGA